AUGGGGUUUGGUACAUUUCUUGUAGUGUUGGUUAUUUUACAAAUACUUAUACUAUUUAUAUCACCAUUUUUUAAAAAUACGCCAUUCAUAUCAAUUUAUUACAAAUAUGCGUAUGAGCCAGUAGUUCAAGACAAUAAAAAAUACAGAUGGAAAUUCCAUAUCGUUCCAAUUUUCUAUAUUACUCUUUUCAUUUAUUUGGUGAUCAAUUUCUAUGCAAAGGUAGAACCGCUAAUUCAUGAUAAACUAACAUACUUUGAAAGAUUCUUUUUCAUACCAAUAUCAAUCAUUUCAACACCGUUCUUUGGUAUCAUAACGAUGCUAAUCAAUCCUGACACUGCAUUAAUGUAUUCAAACGAUUCUAUUAAAAAAUACGCAUAUGAUAGAAUUUUAUAUUUUCCAGAUACCGAGUGCAAGACAUGCAAAGUUGAAAAGCCAGCCAGAUCAAAGCAUUGUGCUGUCUGCGAUCAAUGUAUACUAGUAAAUGACCACCAUUGUGUAUGGGUAAACAACUGUAUCGGCAGAGGAAAUUUCUUGUAUUUUUAUCUAUUUCUAUUUGAUAAUACAUUAUUCAUGAGUUACGCAUCAAUGAGAUUACUUGAGAUUACGCUCAAUUUCAGAAGGGCUGGUGAAAACGUACCAAGAGAUGUCAUGACUUUAGAUAUUCUCUGUGGCUGCUUUCUAUUUAUAUGCGGUACUUUUAGCUAUAUGCAAUUGUUGAUCGUUAAGGAUGGUAUGACUACAAAUGAAAAAGAUAAGUGGUACACUAUUCAAUGUCUGAUGGAAGAUAAGAAAUUAGUAAAAUCCUCAGAUAAUAAUUGGUACAUUUCCUUUGUGAAUGAUCAAGGAGAAACCGAAUUUUAUAGUACUAACGCCUACGACCAUAAGAAAUAUCAAUUAACCGAAUACAAAGUCAUAGAUAAUGUCGAAGAUAUCCCAAAUAUAUACGACAAGGGCUCUUUGUGGAAGAACUUCAAAGACUUUUGUGAGUAA